UAUCCUGUACAUGGAAAAACAAAAUAAUCCGCUUAGGAUGUAGUUGCGCAGUUCGCCGUUUCCGCUUUGCUCUCACAUGCAUGUUUUGCUGCAGACGAUAGAGCCUUGAAUUCCGCAGAGUCAAUAGUAAACAUUGAAGAUAACCCUGCGUCAUUGAAAAAGCUCGACAAACUAGAUAAACCAUAGUUCAAUAAAUUAUUGACCCAAAUGGGUAUGUGAUACUCUUAUCUCAUGGCUUUUUUAUAGAGACAUAGAAAACACUUUGGUAACAGUUUCAUCAACCUAAGUUUAGCUACUAUAGACCACUUUGUGAAAGUGGUCAACAGUAGUGUAGCCAUUAGGUCAUAGACACAGUAGUGAUUUAGGUGAGAGUUUGCAACAAAACACAAGACAAGUCAGUAAAAUGACAGUGGAUGUACUAAGUAUUUACCUUCUAACCUGGAAUGUGGUAACUGUGGAGCCACCUUCAAGUGAUCAAUUGCAGAGCAUAUUGGAUUUCAGUGCUGAUUUCAUUGCUGUUGGAUUGCAAGAAGUGAAAUCCCAACCACAAAAUAUCAUUUCGGAUUCUUUAUAUGAAGACCCAUGGACUAAUGCCUUAAGAGAUGUUUUGGCAAAACAUAAUUAUGUCAAAAUCCAUACUGUGAGGUUAGUUGGAAUCCUGUUGUCACUUUUCUCAAAAAAGAAACACCUGACCUCUAUUAAAGAUGUGGAAACCUCAUUCACCAGAACAGGACUAAAUGGGCUCUGGGGUAACAAAGGAGCGGUUUCCAUUCGUUUCAAUUUUAAGGGAAGUUCCAUUUGCCUCGUCAACUGUCAUCUUUCUCCCCAUGACAAAAAGCUUGAAAGUCGUAUAGCGGAUUAUUACUCCAUAGUCAAUUCACAAACAUUCCAUAAAGAAAAGAUCAGCUCUAUAUUAGAUCAUGAUUUAGUUUUUUGGUUUGGAGAUCUCAAUUUUCGACUUCAUCCAGAUUCAUUUUCUACAAGUGAAAUUGUUGAUCUCGUUUCUCAAAACGAUCUGAAACCCCUGCUAGAAAAGGAUGAAUUAAAUGACACGAUUUCAAGUAAUAAAGCUUUUGGUGGAUUUUCGGAGUGCAAGAUCACUUUCAAGCCUACGUAUAAAUUCGUACUCAACUCAGAGCAAUACGAUAAAAAGAGACGACCGGCUUGGACUGACCGUGUCAUUUAUCGUAGCUUUGAAAAUGUGGAACAGAAACCACAAAAGAAAGAUGUUGACGUAGUUCAGUGUAGAAAGUAUCAAAGCCAUAGUAACUUCACAAUCAGUGAUCACAAACCUGUGUCUGCUCACCUUGAUGUACAAGUAAAAGGUGGUGUACUAGACGUUGUCACCUUCGAUCCGAUUAAGUCUUGGAUUAGAGGAACAGUCGGUAAAAUAACUAUAACGCUACCAACUAGCAUCGAACUAUCUUCGUGGCAUUGGAUUGCAAUAUAUCGGGAGCAAUAUUCAAGCCUGGGCGAGUACGUUUCUUACAUGUGGAUUACUCAGCAACCUCUACCCAGCCGACCAAGGACGUACGAAGUUAAUGUUCCAGAAAAUAGUAUACGCAUUCCCGGAAAGUACUUGGCUGCCUACAUGAGUGACACGCACCCGUAUCAUGUUAUGGGGAUCAGUUCUGUUUUUGAGGUAACCCGCUUCUGGCCAGAAAUACGUUUUAGCGUUCCUCCAUUUUCGGAUUUCUUACGCUUAAUCAAGCAAAUUUGGGCAGACAUGUUAAAAUAUUUCGUUAGGUAGAUGGAACCGAUUUGCAGUAUAAAGAAUUGUAACUAUUUAAGGCAAGUUUCAGCUUAAAAGGACAACAAAAGGAAGCAUGUCAGCAAUUUAACCACUGGCAAAUAAAAAAAGUUUAAAAUGGUU